GGCAAUCAUGUCAAACAUGAUCACAUCAUUAUCUUACCUGGUACCCAACAGUGACAAGCCCAAGCCCAUCAAGCCUACAGCCUCACAUUCCGUCCAAACAACUUCCUUCUCUUCUUCCCCUCCUCUCCCUCACUCCUCUCGCCACCACCCCAUCAAGAGCUUCCUCCUGCCCAUGACAUUUAUCGAUAGGUUCUUGUCGAUACCUUCUCAGAUACUCUUCGCUCUCCUUGGUCUCAUAGGUAUGGCACAGUAUUCAAGACAGAUCGUGAGGGUCACUCCGAGGGAUCCAGCCGAUAUUGGUGAUGAUGGCGGCGAUUAUAAGGCGCACGAGGGGGAUUCGGCAGCUGUCAACGUCGCUAGAUGGGUGGAGGAGAACGUACCAAGUUUGAAUGGGACUUUCAAACCUAGCUGGUGGUUGCCCAAUGGACACUUUCAGACUAUCUACUCUGUCAUUGGAGAUUUCACCAAAGUAGACAAAGUCGAGUAUCGUCGAACAUACUUGAGGGUCCCAGAUGGUGGUACAAUAGCGCUAGAUUUUGCACCCCCUAAUCAUACCGCUUUACCACCAGAAACCCCGAUAGUCGUCAUCUGUCACGGUAUCACUGGCGGGAGUCAUGAAAGUUACGUACGAAGUUUACUGGUCAAAGUCGUCCGACCCGUUUCUGAGGGUGGGUUAGGUCUUCGAGGUGUGGUGAUGAAUUUCCGUGCAUGCGCCGGCACCCCUCUCACUUCUCCUCAACUCUAUUCCGCGGGAACCACAAUAGACCUCGCCACUACUCUCCACUAUCUCCGCCACACUUACCCCUCCGCUCCAUUACACGGAGUGGGUUUCUCCCUCGGUGCCUCUGUUCUAUCUCGAUAUCUAGGAGAAUCAUCUUCAUCUUCUCUUCUCUCUUCAGGACUGGUCCUGGGCUGUCCAUGGGAUGUAACAGCUAUGACGGUGAAACUCGAAACCCAUCUCCCUACGAAACUCAUUUAUUCACGCGCGUUGGGAAGGAACCUGUUAGCGUUGUUCUUCAGGGAUUGGGAGAAGAACAAGGCUUUUUGGGAGAGUGCCGGUAGUGGUAUGGAAGAUUAUCUACCAAAAUUGAAGGAAAUGAGGAAGAAAACUUUUGUAUCGUUGAAAGGGGUGGACGAAGUGUUGACUUCGAAAAUUGGUGGACCAAAAGGAAAGGGAUUAUGGCCUUUCAAAGGGGCAGAUGAGUAUUAUACCUUUGCUAGUCCUAGACAGGUUUUGGAUGAUGUUAAGCGACCGUUGUUGUCGAUCAACGCGUUCGACGAUCCGAUCAUAGACGGUACCGCACUCCCCAUCGCAGAGUUUCAAGCUUCUUCCCACGUAUACGCAGCUAUCACCGGUCCUGGCGGUCAUCUCGGUUGGUUUUGCGGACCUCUGUUCGCUUCACGAGAAAAGAGAAAAGCGAGAUGGAUCGUUCUUCCCGCUGUGGAAUGGUUGACAGCUGCCAGUCGAGAUCUCCCAUCGAGAGGAAACGUCGUGGUGGAAGUUCGACCUUCCAAGUCCACAUCUCGUCCAGUUUACUCCGAAGAAGAAGGUCAAAAAUCUCAGAGAGACCACGCAUCUUCUCUGAGAUUAUACGAGGAUAAAGAGAUUCAACGACCCAAGGAGAAUGAUCAUUCGGAUCAACCUCGUCUAUCCAACGUAGGGGACGAGAUGAGACAAUGGUUAUAUAUUCAAGAUAAAGUUCUAUGGAUGGACGAAGAUGGGAUUCAAUCGAUUGAUGAGCCUACUAGGUCUUUGGAUGUGGACGAUACUCGAUUAUUGACGGACGAAGGGAGGUCGAUAGAGGUUAACGAUGUGACUCGAUCAGGUCAGGAUGAGAGAGAUGGAGAACCAUGGUGUUGGGUCAUCAACGGUGGACAUCCUGUCGUUGGAGCUGAUCAAGUCGGAUGGAAGGUUUUGAGAGAGGAGGUCAAAGAGAUUGGUACGACGGGAAGUGGGACGAUGCAGGGAUUUUAUGAGGGAUCAGUGGAGAGUGAUAGACACUUGUUAGAUCAUGAUUGAACGAGAUGCAUGUUACAUUUGACCC